CGUUAGGAAGGGCAUCCUGUCAUAGAAAACCUGCCAAAGCCGCCAUUGAAGCUCAACGUUGUUUGCUGGCUUGUCAGAUCAUGUCAAACCGCCCAACCUAUGUCAUAUAUACAGAUUAUUUAUAUAUGUGUGUUUUGCAUGUAUAUAAACACACACGCACACACACACACACAUAUAUAUACAUGCACACACUACAUAUAAACAUACUUAUAUAAACACUUCAUAAUGGCUCACACAUACGCGCACACACAAGCACCUACAUAUACACAUCUUCAUACACACACACACACACAUACACAUACAUAGCUACCAACUUUAACGUCUGCUCUCCACAAAAUGGCUACCUAGCAACCAGUGUACACGCUGUGCCUUAUUAGCAUCAACAUAGCAUAUAUCUCUAUCUAAACUUUACUUUUACCCCACAAAAAUCAUGUCUUUCCCUUUAUCCAUUGAAAAUCCUCCCCCACACCAAAUAUUUGACGAAGAAACAAAUUUGCCAGAAAUCAAAGAGACAAACUCACAACUCGAAGAGGAUACUAUAAGCUGCUCCAUCUCAUCAGAGACAUUGUCUGAAUUUUCCGAAAGUAACAGCAGUUCUUCAAAACAGUCGACUGAUGACAAACAUUUGCCAUCACAGAACAAGUAUGUGGAAGGAGGCUGGCUGAAAUCCAUCAGAGAGAAGAUGCUGCAAUGUCUUGAACAAGAAGGAGAACUUCCUCUUAACAGUAUUCUAGAACUGAAGAAAGAAUUGGUUUUGGUGUUCAUUUGGUGCUUACAAGGGAACACUGAUUCCCUUUGGAAGUAUUUGCAGAAGAUUCUACUUCUUGUGGCACCAUUUGCAGAAUAUCUUCAGGCUUCUGAGUGGAAGGAGGAGAUUUCACAUUAUUUGAGGAGGAUAUAUCACCUAUUCAGAUCUGCAGACAAACCUGCAGUAGAUGUUGAUAUCAUUAGUAUCUUGAAGGCACUCUUUCCUCAGCUGAUGGAAAACAUGGGGGACCGUGCAAAGUAUAUAAUGAAACCCUGUACUUGUCAAAAAGUUGUUCCUCAAUCUGUCACCCCUCUGACUGCUGCUUCUUCUGCAACACAAAAGAAACGUCUUAAACCUCUGUUUGGUAAUGAAGAUGAACGUAUUUUCUCAACAAAGCUCUAUGACAAAGAAAAUUUCAUUGUUGCACCAAAACCUUUGAAUAUGUUGGACCUGAAUAAAUCUUUGGCAAGAGUUGCUUAUAGCAUUGCUGCCUAUGAAUCUUUCUGGAGGAAGUACCUUGGUCUCACAGCUCAAGCAAUCAAUGUUUGUUUACCUGAAAAGAUCGUUGAGGUUAAAAAGAUCACAGAAGAAAAGUCGGUCGAUUCUGAAGAAACAAGCAAAAAGCAAGUGACCAAGGUGGAUGCACAGAAAAGUAUGUCUGGCCGAGAUGCUGUAGAAUAUUAUACCAAAUGCAAUUACUCACGGAGCCAGGAACAUUUAUAUUUCAAUUUGGCACCAUCUCAACAUUACCGUCCGUAUGAUCUGAUUCCUGUACAAAAAUACAAUCUCAACAAAGAAUUCUUUCUAUUCACUACAUUUGGAGUAUUGCACGUUUUUGAAGAUCUUUCAUCUGAGACUCAACAACUGUCAGACUGGCAAAGAGAUGCUGUGUUGUGGGAAGCCAUUCAUGCAAUUCCUUUCUUCAAGAACUUUCUCAUUUAUAAAAUGUUCCAAAGAUGGAAGUCUGCCAAGAAUUAUUUUGCUUUCCUCAAGACACGGGAAAUUUUGGAGAAACACUUGAUCUUCACAAUGCCUCUCUAUUAUUCGGCGCUGUUACAGAUAUCAAAUUUGUUUAAAGAGCUGAAGACAGUGAAUUUUCUUCCAUUUAACACAAAUCUCUGCAGGAUUGUCGUUAAUGUGGUGAUUGGAGAAUCUUUUAAAUAUCUCAAUUUUUGUCACCAUCAGAUGACUCAAAGAAACCUCCUAUCUAAAGAUUCUUUAUACAUCAAGAGGGAGAAGAAAGAGAUACGAAUCAAGAAUUAUCUGAAAGCCAAGAAUGAAACUAGUCAUCUUGGUAACUUUGUCCUGCUGGUCUACCAGAUGAUCAUAGAGAACCUCUAUCUUAUCUGUUUGGAUCAAGUAAAGUCAUUUGUGAAGAACAUCCUUCUGCAAAACGUGGGAGAGCAACAUGAUGGCUUCUUUGCUGUAGAACUGACAUUCCAAGAAGGUCGCCUUUCCAUCACAUCACCUCUCGAAGUGUGCAAAGACUUUCUUGCAGAGACCCUCAAACGCUGCUAUUCGUUGCUGUGCUCCCAAAUCAUUCCUCUGGACAGACCGGUUUCUCCCCCCUUCAACAUCUUAACCAGCCACCUGGAUCUUAAUUGUUCAACAUCUUACACACACAAAAUAUCAAUGUGCAUCACUACAUUUCUACAGAACAACCCCCGCCUGGUUUCCAAAUGCUACGACACGAGUAAGUUAAACUUGCCUUACACUAACCAUUCUGAUGACUCCAAUGAAACAAUCAAGAUGAACGUGCAUCUGGAAUCACUCCACAGAGAUUUACCAAACAAGCAGGAAGAUAGAAUGGGGGUAGCAACCCCAGAAUUCUUUCAAACCCGAGAAGAAGUCCUUCAAAUUAUUGGCAAAGGAUUUCUCGGACAAUACAAUCCUCUCACCGCGGAAACCCUGGAAGACAAAGUCUUGCAAGACCCAGAGUUUUUAAAGACACUGGCAGUACAAAACCAGUUGAUGGAUGAAGCCAUAACUCAGUUAAAGAAAUAUGUGUCCAACUGUAGCUGGCUAGAACAUAUAUAUCAGUUUUGUAAAGAACUUGAGGAUGACUUGGUAAAUUUAAAAACUAUGUCAUCAGAAACAAUACAGGAAAAGCUUUCCAUGUUGGACAUGUCGAAGGAGGCAGUUUCUUGUUGCUCCAGUAUCACAAGCGACAAUCGAAUGGUCUGGCUCAACUGCUCGGGGAUCCAGCAAUACCUCAUCCCUUGGAUCGAUGCCAUUUAUCAGCAAGUAACGGAUUUUGUGAUCAACAAAAGCAGCGAGAACAGUGUGACACUGCAACAAAGAAUGACUGAAAUCUCAAAGGCUCUCUUAGAAAAACCAGGAAGUCUUGCAGAAUUUGUUGAUUAUGUUCAGUUGUACAGGAAAUACCUGAAGGAUAUUCCUCAAUGUGAAGAUGCAAUUGAGUACACAGAAGAUUUGUACUAUAUAAUCAGUCGAUAUUUCCGGGAACUGACCAUUGAAGAGUUCAAAGCGAACCACACUUUGUGGAAGCAAUGGUCAGAAUUUCAGACACAAAUGUCGGACGCCAAAAGUUUUGUCAACACACAAACACCAUUGGCCAUUGCGGAAUCAGAUGAAAGAUUUAAAAAAUUGGAAAUUUGUGUCACUUUGUUACAUCAGAAAGCAAUGGGGGGUAAGUUUUUGGACCCAACGAAUCCUCCUUCGGCCAUAGUGAAUGAAAUCAAAGAGAUCCGUCUUGAAUUCCAAGAGACUCAAGAAAGCCUAUUAAAUCUGAAUAAAUGGAAAAAAGCUAUCUGUGGUGAAUCGUACGAUCUGAGUUUCUUAAACGGAAUGGUCACCCAAAUGGAUGGCCGCUUUGACCUAUGGAAAUAUCUGAGAAGCACAAUAGAACACACAAGUGAAUGGAAGAGAAUGUUGUUCAAGAAGAUGAACGUUAACCAAACACUACAAAAGAUAGAAGAAUGGAAAACCGCAGCGCAGACGCUCAAAUCAUUGCUGCCAUUUGGCGAUAGUGUCUUGAAGUUUUGGGAGCAACAUUUGGACAAUUUCAUGAGACCCUUACCACUUCUGGAAGUCAUGUCCUCUCCAUUCCUCAAGUCCCGCCAUUGGCAGUCCAUGUUUGAUGGAAUGGGAGCUGUGUAUGACGUUCAGAAGGAUUACAUCGUUGAAGAACUGAUAUCUCUAAAGUUGGCCAAACAUGAACAGACAAUCAUGGCCAUUUAUCGUACGGCAGUUGCUGAACAUGACUUAAAAAUACGGCUGAAGAAAAUGAAGCAUGAAUGGGAACAGUUGCGGUUCAAACUUUUCAAGUACAUCCCAGAGAGUAUGAAGGAUCUAAAUCUGCUGAAGGGCAAGUGCACAGGUAUGAGUAUAGUGCAGUCAGCGGAUGUGAAAGAGGUUGUGUUCUUCAUGGUCACUAAAAAUACAUUGAUAGAUAAAUUGGCUAAGGAGGGCAUUCUGUUAUGGAUGUCCUUCUCAGAGAGUUGUGAAGAUUUUCUAAUGUUGUACAAUGAUAUACAAGACAGCAUCAUUUGUGGUGGCGCCACAAUGAAAUGGAUCCAGUAA